UCUGUGCUUUCGCUUUGUUUAGGCAGGUCAGCACUUCGAAAUAAAUAUAAAAACGGAGACAUUCCCUUCUUUUUCAUCACAGAUGCCGUCUCCCCUUCAUAUGCAAUCAUCAAAACGGUGCAUGACUGUCAGCUGACGCGCUCCAUAGUGAUAAACAGACGCUGUUUCCCAAACGGAUACUGUACACGCGAUUUGAAGCGGAGAGAAAGUCUGGGUUUUGGGCAUGAGAACUGAAACCUGAGAGAAGAGUGGCCGGAGAAUGAGACUGCAGCUCGUAGAUAAACAAUGGCAGCAGGGGCAGCGGAUGGUGAUUUACGGAGCGAUUUUUCUCAUCACGACGCUCCUCAUCCUCUACAGCUCCAGCAGCUCAGCUGACCUUUCCAGAUCCUUCAAGACUAGCAACUUCCGUCAAAUCCACCACACGCUUAAAACCACCAACCUCAAGAAAUGGGCUGGAAAAGACGGAUACCUCCCUGUUUACGGCAACAAGAGCCUGAACCUGCACUGCCAUCACUGUGCAUUAGUGACCAGCUCCAGUCACGUGUUGGGCUCUCAGGCGGGCGAGGAGAUCGACCGAACGCAGUGCGUUUUCCGCAUGAACAAUGCUCCCACCUCCGGACACCAGUCAGAUGUGGGCAACCGGACCACCGUUCGCGUCGUGGCUCACUCCAGCGUCUUCAGCGUGGUCCGCAAGCCGGCAGAGUUUCUCAACCGGUCCGAAAACCCCAUCAUCAUUUUCUGGGGCCCGUCCUCUAAGAUCAGCCGGGAAGCCAAGGGAACGCUGUACCGCCUCAUCCAAAGAGUCAGCAUGAGCUACAGAAACCUGUCCUUCUUCUUCAUCUCACCCAGUAAAAUGCAGAAGUUUGAUGCGCUUUUCCAGAAGGAGACCGGCAGAGACAGAAAAAAGUCCCAGUCCUGGUUAAGCACCGGUUGGUUCACCAUGGUGAUCGCCAUAGAGAUGUGUGACAACAUAAAGGUUUAUGGUAUGGUGCCACCAAACUAUUGUGGCAGACGUCCUCAACCCAAGCGGAUGCCAUAUCACUACUACAAGCCCAGAGGUCCAGACGAGUGUGUGACGUACCUCCAGAACGAGAGGGGGCUCCGCGGCUCACACCACCGCUUCAUCACAGAGAAACAAGUGUUUGCGCGCUGGGCAAAACUCUACAACAUCAGCUACACCAGCCCAACAUGGUGAGCAAAACCUCUGCGUUUCACAGCCUGAUCCAAAAUGGCUACCACAUUGCCUCCAGAAUUGCUGCUAGUUUCUCUAUUAGGUGAAUAAGUGGCUGAGCCAAAAUGGAGGGCCAUACCAAGAUCCAGUAUGAAGCAUUGAAGGAUGGACAAUCUUUGGAAAUUUGAUGACGCUUAGCAUGGUGUUCUGAAAUACAUCUACAUAUUACUGCCGUCAAUUCUCCUAUGCGUUCUCUUAUUAUUAUAAUUUUUUUACCCAUAAUCCACUUCUUUGAAGACAAAGGAGGCCUUUUGAAAAGAGAAAGAGAGGGAAAGUGCUUGCCAAACUGAAGAUUCAUUCACAUCUUAUGGCACAAUCAACACAUUUGAAUGUUAGCUAUGUAAAAUCACCAGAUAUAAGGAAUUGAUUACAAAACAAGUAAUAGUUUACAGGAUUUUAUGUUUUUGUAAAUAAGAUGUAAAUUACGAUUCCAAAAUAAUUAAAAGGUAAUAUUUUUACAAGUUUAUAUGGUUUUAAAGAUCCUCUAAAACAAGACAUUAUUACAAGUGUAAAAACACAUUUCUAAAUGAGCGAUUUAGGUCAUCGUUUUGCACACUUUUGGGAAAACUAUUAGGAUGAAUAGCUGUUUAUAUCUACACCAACACGUCAUGUGAAACACGAAACCUAAUGUACAAGUUUUAGUACAUUCUAGAACAGCAUAUUAUUAAUUUCUAGCUCAGUCAAGCAUCAUUAAAACAUCCAGGAGAUCACAGGUGUCAAAGCCAGUUCCUGGAGGGCUGCAGCUCUGCACAGUUUAGUUCCAACCCUGCUUCAACACACUUAAGCUACGGUCACACUGGGCUUUUCUUCCCAUAGACUUCCAUUCAUACGCACGCGAAUGCGUCAGACCGG